UGCGUUGUCACGACGCUAGAUAUAAAGCAAGCAGAGCCGCACUGCGCUAGACACUUCACGAUCAUGUCAUCCCGGGCCGCCGCCGCCUUCCUCGUCCUCCUAGUCGUCUCCGCGGCCGCCGCCGCCUCCCGGCUCUCCCAUAAAUACUACUCCACCUCCUGCCCCGGCCUUCAACCCCUCGUCCGCCGCAUCGUGGACCAAGCGCUGUCUCAGGAUCCGGCGUUGGGCGCCGCUCUGCUUCGCCUCUUCUUCCAUGAUUGCUUCGUGAAUGGCUGCGACGCUUCGGUUCUCCUCGACGACACCGCGAGCUUCACCGGCGAGAAGAACGCCGCCCCCAACGUGAACUCCCUCCGGGGAUUCGAGGUCAUCGACGCCAUCAAAUCCAGCGUCGAAGCAAAGUGCAGCCGGACCGUGUCUUGCGCCGAUAUCGUCGCCCUCGCCGCUAGAGACAGCGUUGCCGUGCUGGGAGGCCCAUACUGGGCGGUGUACCUGGGCCGGCGGGAUGCGCGGACGGCUAGCCAGAGGGCGGCGGUGGAGAACCUGCCGCCGCCCGGCGCGAGCCUUUCGACUCUGUUGUCUUCCUUUGGGGCGAAGGGGCUGGCGGCGGGGGACAUGAUCGCGCUCUCCGGGGCCCACACCAUCGGCCAGGCGCGCUGCGCCAACUUCCGCCAGCACAUCUACAACGACACCGACGUCGACCCCGGGUUCGCCGCAGUCCGCCAGCUGGGCUGCGAGGCCUCCGGCGGCGACUCCUUAACGGCGCCGCUGGACGUGAGGACGCCGCUGGUCUUCGACAACGAGUACUACCGGAACCUGGUGGCGCGCAAGGGGCUGCUGCACUCCGACCAGCAGCUGUUCGACGGCUGCCAGUACGACUACCUGGUGCGCCGCUACAGCGUCAGCCAGACGGCCUUCUUCACCGACUUCGCCGCCGCCAUGGUCAAGAUGGGCGACAUGAGCCCCCUCACCGGCUCCAGUGGAGAGAUCAGGACGAACUGCCGGAGGUGGAACUGAUCGAUUCCUUCAUCCACCUUGAGAUGAGAUCUUACGCUGCUUACUUUGGGAUCGGGAAUUGGGUUCGGAUUUAAUUUAAUUUUGUAUAAUUCAAUCAAAAAUAGAUCAGAUUCAUCAUUUUGGCAAGGCUGAAACUCUCGAAGCAACUAAUUAAAUAAUGCUGAGAAUAUUAAAAGUGAUCAAACUUUAUAGAAAUACGAUGGAGGAAUAAAGGGAGUGUAAUGAGAAUAAAAUGCUUCGCUCUCAAUCAAAGAUGAUUUCUUCGAGUUCUUUUGAUAUA